AUGGUCAACUGGCGCCUAGUGACGACGGUCGCGCUCGGCCAGCUGCUGAUCGCCGAGGCGGGCGCGCUCGACACGACGAGAUACAUUGCCAAGCCGCUCGCCUCGGUCGGCUUCCUCGGUGCGGCGUUCACCGCGCCGCGCGCCAACACUGCCCUGGGGCGGAUCAUCAUCGCGUCCCUCCUGCUCGCGUUCAUCGGCGACGUGCUCCUCCUCUUCGACGAGCGCGAGACGCCGCUCGCCUUCAUCGGCGGCAUUGGCGCCUUCCUCCUCGGGCACGUGGGGUACAUUUUGGCGUUCCGCAAGUCCAAGCUGUACACUAGCCUGUUCUACCCGCUGCUCGGCAUCCUCCUCCUGCCGGCAAUCGUCACCUGGCGCUGGCUCUCCUCCUCGACGACGCCUGGCGUGCCGCCCGAAAUGGUCGUCCCCGUCAUCGCGUACAUCGCCGUCAUUACGCUCAUGGAGGCGACGGCCCUCGCGACCGCCCCGGCAAGCCGAUACCCCUACGCGCAGGCGCUCGGCGCGACGCUCUUCUUCCUCUCCGACCUGUUCGUCGCGCGCCAGGUGUUCGUCGCGCAGGAGUGGGUCAACGCCGGCGUCGGCCUGCCGCUGUACUAUGCCGCUCAGCACGUUAUCGCCGGGCUGCUGUACUAG